UUAAAAAUGGCUAAAAGAGAGAAGAACUCAGGGCAUGCAGUGUUUUACAAGACAAUUACAGAUGCAACAGAAAUCAGGUCUGGAUAUUUGUAUAAAUCUCCACCGAAAAGGCUGCUUAAGUCAGAGUGGAGGAAGCGUUACUUUGUGCUUUUCAAAACCGGUGAGGACGACUACCAGCUCAGGUACUUCAGGAGUGCAAAGGAAAAGGGCACCUCGCUGGGAGGCAUAGACCUGACACAAAUCUCACUCUUAUAUGGAAACCCUCAACAUCACCAGAAAUGGCAGUGGGUCCAGAAGAACUUCAAAUGCUCCCCCUCAUGUGUGCUCUACAUCAGAGCAGGAAACAGGGACUACUUCCUUGUUGGGGAAACCAGCACUGAGGUGGACAACUGGUUCAGUGACCUGUUUGAAGCCCUGAAAAAUCGUCCUCAUAAAUUUCUCAGUUUAGAGGAAAUCAGUGAUGUGCAGCCAACAGUUGAUAUAAUUUCAAACCCUCUUCUUCUUCAGAGAAGGAAUUCUGCCACAGAGGUCCAGAAGGCACCCUUCAUUGUAAAGAGAGAAGACGAUCAAAACAAUGGCUUCAAAAUCCUUUUGCCACUUCCAUUGCUGAAGAUGAGGUCCAUAUCUGACCCUCCCUCCAAUGCUGUGGAUAGGAACACUGAAGAACUGAAGGAAGAUAUUUCCAGAAGACCUUCCUCAGAGCCUGUAGAUUCAACCUAUGACUAUCCCAGGUCGUCCCAAAAGCCAAAGUUUGGGGGAAACGAUGUUGCUUGUGCAGCCAGCAUGGAGUCAUUGUAUGAAUCAAUGACACUGAAGACCACUGAAGAAACAUAUCUGGCAGAUGAUCAUAAAGUCGAAGUGAUCAACAGCACCUUGCUGAAGUCCAUCACUGAGAUCUAUGCUAAAUUCACACAGAGUUCACCUCUUGCAAUAUCAGAAGAGGCACCCGCUGAAUACGGAGAAGACAAACGUCAGUCUUCAGAUUUCAGCAGCAGCUCCAGUGGCACCGUUUCUCCUGUUGAUGUGUUGGAGACUAAUGAGCUGGAAAAGCAAGACUUCUCUGAGAGCCUUGACCGUCACAUCCCAGAGCAGAGAGUGUUUAUGGUGAAGCAGUCAGAUUUGAAAAAACACCUCACGCUCACAGAGGUCGAUGGGAAGCCAAGUGUGUCUGGCUGGACUGGACAGCCGCAGUCCGUGUGCCUCUUCCACAAGGAAGACCAAGUCUUGGCAAUAAACGACCUUCACACCAGCAGCAUGGAGGAGUUUGACAUGUUUGUCAGCAAGUCCCUGAAGAACGAGGUGAAAGUUACCAUCCUGCGCCAGCGUGGACGUCAGCCUCUGCAUUUGCCUAACUGUCCCUGCAGCGACUGAAGCACUGACUUGAAUAUGUUUCUCUGUGACGAGGUCCACACCUUGUACUGAUCACCGUGGACAACUAUCGUCUUCAAGGAGUUACAAUUAAAGAUAUCACAUGUUGAAUGUAAACAUAUCGACAUGUUUUAUGUUUACCAUAAAAUUUCCUUGCCUUUCAUACAGAAAUGUACUUCCUGAUACCAUCUGAAUGGUGCCUUGUUUUACUGACAGUUUCUUUAUGCAAACCGUAUUUUUCUGUGACUCCACUCAAUUCAAAUUCAGUUUUAUUUCUAUAGCGCCAAUUCCCAACACAUGUCAUCUUAAGGCACUAUACAAAGUCAAUUCAAUCAAGUCAUACAGAUUUCAGAUCGGGUA